AUGUGUGGAACCCUUGCUCUUGGGAAGAUGAGACAUUUGAUGUGGCAAGUUUUGACAGGAUGUAUUGCGACGACAAAAAGACUUGCUUAUAGAAACUUGGACACUGAUAGGAGCUGUCCUAGAUGCGAUGACCCUGAGGAAAACAUUAACCAUUUUCUUUUUGAAUGCCCCCGCCCUACAGGUGUAUGCUUUAUCGGACUAUCUGUCCCUUCUGAGUUACUUCCCGAGUAUCUCUUUGACACCCUUCAGCUAGCUUCCAUUGAAGCCGAAUGCUGGAGAAAAGCUAACUUACCUGAGGACGGAGAGAAAAACGGGGCACAUAUUGCUCCUUCCGCUAACUCGACUCUCUCUGCGCACCCCCAAUGCCCGACUUAUCAAAUCGAUGCGUCAUGGUUUGAUAAUGGCACGGUCAGUGGUCUAGGGUGGUUCUACAACGAUCAAAUGGGAGUCAACAGAUUUGUACUUCAAGGGUGCCGGAAAAGCCUAUCAGCCCUCCACGCUGAGUUGGAAGGAUUCAUAUGGGCAAUGUCAUGUUUACGAGAGGUACUUUGCACCACGAUUCAUAUGGAGACGGUUUGUUCCGACCUGGUGGCAUGA